AUGGGGAUAGCCGUGGUGGCUCCCGUCGCGGCGGCCUACUCAUGCUCCUCCUCCUCCUCCCUCGCCGCGCCGCCAAGGGCCGCGAGGGCGGCGAGCCGCGCGCACGUCGCGGCGGCCGGGAUGUCCUCCAGGGCGUCCUCUUUCGUCGGGGGCGGCGGAGGCGGCGGGCUCGCGGCGGUGGCCGCGUCGGUAGCCGCGCGGCCCAGGAGCGGGGCGGGCUCCGGGGGAGGCGGCGCGCUCGGGUGCAAGUGCCUCUUCGGGCUCGGGGUGCCGGAGCUCGCCGUCAUCGCCGGCGUCGCCGCGCUCGUGUUCGGGCCCAAGCAGCUCCCCGAGAUCGGCCGCAGCAUCGGAAAGACCGUCAAGAGCUUCCAGCAGGCGGCUAAGGAGUUUGAAUCUGAACUGAAGAAAGAGCCUGGGGAAGGCGAAGAUCAACCCCCAUCUGCGACCCCCGCGGUGGUAAGUGGCGGGGAGAAGAAGGGGCUUGAGGCAUCAAGCAGCAAGGAGAGCACGUGA